UUGUCAUUUUCUUAUUUGUCGAUCCUUUAUCUUCUUUGAAUGUAUGGUUUAGGAGACCUAACUUAUCUCUUGCCAUAUUAUAUUGGAAACAGAAAGUCGUCAUAACGUAAUCUUCUUUCACUAUGGAAAACUGGAAUCAUCCUCCUGUCACAUUUGGAGUCAAUCUUAGGAAUGGUUGUUUAAGGUUCAGUAUCCUUAUAGAAGCUUUGUUCAAGCCAAACCUUCUCAUAUAGAGUUUAGAUGGACCAGAGAUUCUACCUCAAACGGUGCACCAGCAGAACCUCAGCAGAGACUGUAGCCAAUAUCGAAGAACUCCUUACUGAAAUCCUCUUGCGUGUUCCGGCCAGACCUCUGGUCCGCUUCAAAUGUGUCUCCAAGCAUUGGCUCUCUUUUAUCUCCGGGCCCGAAUUCUGUCACCGCCACUCCCUUCGUAACCCAAAACCUUCAGUCUCCGCGGUCUUUUCUAGUAGUUCAAUGUACUUUGGUUUUGUCCCUCUUGAUCUUAACCAUGAUCGUAAUGGAAACCAGUAUCUAUUCGAUUCUGCAGGGUCACCCAACUUCAAUCCUCUUAACUUCCUUCAACCCCUGCAUAGCACCAUGAUUAUCCAGUCCUGCAAUGGCCUUGUUUUAUGCACUCCGACCAAUACUAGUAAAGAUAAAUUCUAUCUUCUCAAUCCCACCACCAACCAGUUCUGCACUCUUAGUCUUCCAGCUGCUGCUGAUUCUGCUCAAGUGUUCGGUUACGCUUUGGCUUUCGACCCUUCCAAAUCACCUCAUUACAAGGUGGUCUUCCUUGAGACCAUUAACAUACCUGAAGGACGUGACUAUAGCCCUUAUUACCACAUACAUAUAUAUUCAUCUGAAAAUCGAAGUUGGAGACAUCUCAAUUCUAAUUUUGUUAGGCUGCCUAAUGUCAGCUACAAACAAGGGGUGUACUGCAAUGGCGCGGUUCAUUGGGUAGGUUUGGAUGAUGAGGUCGCGUACUAUCACAUAGAUGAUGAGUGUCUCAGACGUGUUCUUCCUCCUCCUCCUGAUAAAGAACCAUCUAGAAAGUCUAGAAAUUUUCAGGCGUCUCAUUGUGGCAGUCAUUUGCAACUUAUUGAUAUUUAUUAUGUAACUAGUUUGAUUCGAUUUGAGGUGUUGGAGAUGGGUUCAGAUUAUUCUGGUUGGUUUCUCAAGUACCAUCUUGAUUUUGAUCCCACAUUAGCUCCCUUGCCUUGUCUCAAAUCGCAUCGGUUUACUGUUCUUUUUCUUGCUCCCGAGGAAGUUGAAGGAGAGGAAAGUUUGUCUAUGUUUCUGCAUUAUGCUGGUAAAGUGAUCUCUUAUAAUUUCAAGAGUGCCAUCUUCAAAUCUUUUGAGUUACCUUCUAGGCCCGGUGUUGAUGAUUCCAGGCUACGAGUUUAUUACUGUGGUCAUCAGUAUAUGGAGACUUUGGCUUGUGUUUGAUUGUAAGUUAUGUAGAUUUGUUGUAAUCUCU